AUGUUUGAUUUUCAAUCUUCUCAAGUUUCGCAAGGCCCAUUCACUACAUCCCACAAAAACCAAAGAAUCUUUCGAGCUAGUUUUUCUCCCAUACAUAAUAAAAGAAAGUUGAAUAAUCAAAAAAACGUGUACUACCCAGAUGAAGUAGAAAUCCUCCAACCUGAGAAGCCUAUUUCUUCAAAGCGCGCCCUAGAACUCUUGCAUCAACUAAAAGAGCAGCCACAAACUUCACAUCUUAUCAAGAAAGAAUUCCUGAGAAGUAAAACUACAGAACCUGAUCCUUUUGAGCUCCAAAAAAAGAUUUCGUUGGAAAUGCAUCCUCUAUGGCAGGAGAGUUUGAAAGUUUGGCUAAAUGCAAUAGAACCUGAAGUCACCGCAAGAUCUGAUGGUGAAACAAUCCAAACAAUUUCAUAUGACAAAUUCAAGGACCUUCGGCUCUGCAUCUACAUGUCUCUAAACCCAGAAUUCAAAUACGAAGAUGCUCUUUGCGACAUAUGAGAAGAAUGAGUAAUUCUUACUAAUUCUCACAAAGAAUUGAGAGUGCUGAGAGAAUAUGACUUCUCCAACGGUUCACUCAACUAUAAAUAUCUAUCGAAGUUUUUGCAGGAAAUUGUUUCGAGAAUGAGCCCACAUCUUGAUCCUAUUAGCUAUGUUUUCAUUUUCAACUCGAUCAUGAUGAACUCGUCGGAUGGAGAAAGCAUUGAAGAAUCCAAACUCAGGAACUGGAGAAAAAUAAGCAAGUUUCCGGCUGCCUUUUUUGAUAUUAUCAAGAAAUUGUCGACGAAAAACCCUAGAAAGGUAGAGUUUACGCAAUGGUUCCAGCAAAAUUUUGCACAUCUUUCUGACAUGCAAAUGCAUGUAACAAAUUUGUUGAUGGCAGUUUUUCCUGAGGACAACCGAAUUCAUGAUUUAUGGAGAAAGUUUGUGACUCCAAACACGAGUGCGAUUUUAGUUGAAUGCAUUGAAACUCUGAAUAAUGCUUUGAAGAGCAAUGGAGCACUUGGAGCUGAAUUUAGUCCCUUAAGAGACCAAAAAGUUAGGCUCCCUGGCAGGUUAAAAACAAGAGAGGGGGAAGUUAAUGAAGAGCCAAAAAAGGUAGAAGUGCUCAGGGAUGUAAAGCUGCCAAUAAUAGGUAAGUCUUGCUUGCCUAAUAAAGAAGGCUCUAUUGAAGAAGUAUCAAGAGAUACCUCAAAGGAUCUUCAGAUUUCAGAUGCGAUCAUACUGAAUUCUGAUUCAAAAAACCAACUUUCAAUUAUAGAAGACAGGUCUAUGAAGACUUUAGAAGUGCUUAACUCGCCUCUUUAAGCAGGGAGAUUAAUUUUUUUUUAAUAAAUUUUAUAUUGGAAUUGCUUUUAAAAUUCACAAUUAGCAAAAAUUGAAAAUUAAAAUUAAUUUUAUUUAUAAAAUUUAUGUUUUUAAAAUGAAACUUGCUGAAAUUCAGCAGAAUUAGUAGGAAUUUCAUUGUACUACAAUCAUUUAUAUAUCGAAAUUCUCACGAUAAAUAUUUGAUUAUUAAAAAAAUUUUGUUUAUUGGUUUUUCUCAAAGAAUAGUGAUUUUCCAAUUGUUUUGUUCGCCCUCAGAGGGGUAAGAAUUUCCAAAAGGCCAGCAGCUUAAUCUCUAAAUUCACAAAUAAAUCGUUGGAGUCUGGAGUGCAAUCUCCAGAAAGCGAGAAGUUUAUGUCUCCCAGGUUUACACCUGAGGAUCGCGAAUUCAAGCUUCAGCUAAAGCCAAAGGAUGCUGAUAGCAAUCCUAUUCAUAGCCAAAUGGCGCAGUCUCCAAUGAGCACAUUGCUGAGCAAAAAGAGAUUUUCAACUCCUCAUCUUCGGGCAAGAAAAGAAGAAAUUAAUCCAAGAAGUGAAUAUACAUAAAAUGGCGUAUGGCGACCGACCCGUCCUCUCAGUGACGGUAACCCAUGUAUAUCCGGGCAUGGUUUUCUGAAGAAGCGACUUAGCCCAGCAAUAUCUGGACCCUGGUGGCGACCCGGGACAAACACAGACCCGCUGAUCGUGUCCAGAUCCUAGGGCAGUUAGGAGCAUCUUCUUUUUCCAGCAGCGCCCAAGCCAGUGGGUGCCCGAAAUGGAGCUGGUGACUUACCUGCUCAAGCUGCUACUGUGGUCUGCCCCGAAUCGCGGAAGCGAUUGAGAAUUUUCUCAAGCGGAUAAGCUGGGAAAAGGGGAGGCAGAUUAGACGACAAGGCGGUCUCUCCAGUCAAAAGGGCCCCAAAACGGGGCGAUCUGGACAACCGGAGGCAAAGACUGGUGUAAUUCGGGGCGGAAGGCUGAGUUGGAAAUGGUGGUGCCCGGCGACGGUCGGCGACGACCCAAUAGGGCAACCCACUACCGAGAAACCAGGAGUUUCGGCCUGGGCUCAGAGAACCAGUGAUGGAAGUCCAUCCUUUUCGCUCGUGCCGACACAGCUCCUUAAGGAGCGCGGAGGAAUGCCACGCAUGGAAGCAGGGACCUUAAAUACAUAUCGCUUAAUUAUUAUUAUUAUUAUUAUUAAUCCAAGAAGUGAAAUCUUAGCUUCACCAUUAAACAGGAGGAACACUGCUCAUUCUGCUAAAGAAAGUACAGUAAAACGAAUUUUAAAGUCUUAUGAUUCCAAGCCUUCAAAAUUAGAAGAUAAAAGCGAUUCCAAAGACUCUUCUAUUAUCCUGGUAAAUGGGAAAACCCCAGUUAUGUAUUAUUAUGACAGACCACAAAGUAAGCCAAGGGCAUCUGAAACACGAAGUGAUAGAAGAGACAAAUCCAGGAUAGCGAAUCUUUGGGACAGAAGAAGCAAUGAUCCAAAAUACAAUGGAGAAGCCAUUUGAAAUGAGUUUUUAAACAAAAUGAAUAAGUAUGUUUUAGUAAACAAAAGACCGCCAACUAAGAAGAGUGACAAGCGAAGUAUGCAAAAGGUAAUGCUAAACUAUGCAAAGCAAAGGGAGGAGUAUUGAAAAAAUAAAGUCGAAGCCAGCAUAUAUGGAGAAAAUAUAAAUACCCAGUCAGCGUACUUAGAAAUUGAUGUUGCUAACUCUCCCCCCCCUUUAAAUUGGAACUAAAAAUUUUGUUCCAAUUUAAAGGGGGGUUAAAAAAAUAUUUUUAAAAAAAAAUUAAUUAUAAAAUUUUUUAUAAAAAAAAAAAAUUUCAAAAAUUUAUCGAAUUAGAUUAAUAAAUUUGUUUAAUAAAAUGCUAUUUACUCUUUAUCCUUUAAAACAAGCAAGAUAUAACUAAAAUUUUAUUAUUAAUUAAUACGCCAAUAUUAAUUGGUAUCAAAACUAUUUACACAAAAAUUAUUAUUUUUAUUGAUAACAAAAAAAAUUAAAAAAAACAAAAUUUUAGAAAAUUUAUCAAUCAAAGUGCUAAUUUUGUUCAAAUAAGAUAAUUAUUUAUACUAUAUUCUUUAAAAUAAAGCAAGAGAUAAGUAAAUUUUGAAUUUUUGUAAAGAAAUUCGUAUUGGAUUUAUAUCAAAGCUGUUUAUAUAAAAAAAAUAUCAUUUUUAUCAAAAAAAAAAAAAUUUUUUUGAAAUUUUUUAAAACAAUUACAAUUAAGGAUAAUAAAUUUAUUUAAAUAAGAUGCUCUUUAUACUCUAUUCUUUUAAACAAGAGCAGGAUAUAACUAAUUUUUUUAAUUUUAGUUAAGAAGAAACAUUUAAAUUAUAUCGAAACUUUUUACAUAAAAAUUAUGAUUUAUUAUAUAAAAUUUUUUAUUAUAAAAUUAAAUUUUGUUCCAAUUUAAAGGGGGGUUAAUUUACCAAAAAAGUGAAAAUUUUACCUAUAUUUUGUUCCAAUUUAAAGGGGGGGGGAGUAAGUCAUAG